AUGACGCUAGGCCUUCAACAGCCCCCUGACGAGAUACUGUGUCAAUCCUUCCCCACCACUCUCAAAGGAGCUACGAGGGAAUGGUUCACAAAAUUGCCAACAUCGUCCAUUGACAGCUUCGAGCAGUUGAGCAAUGCCAUUCUGUGCCACUUCAUCGGAGGACAACGCCCCAAAAGGUUAGCAAACCAUUUGCUCACUAUUAGACAAGGGAAGAAAGAAACCCUGAGGUCGUAUGUGAAACGCUUCACUCGGGAGACCCUGGAGGUAGACAAAGCUGAUGACAAAGUGCAGUUGACGACCUUCAAGGCGGGGCAGAAGUCCAGAAAGUUCGUGGCUUCACUCGCGAAGAAUCCCCCCAAAACGAUGACAAAGAUGCUCCUAAAGGCACAAAAGUACAUGAAUGCUGAAGAUGCAUUAGUCGCCAUAAGGGAUGUAAAGAGACCAGCAGACAAGGGAAGGAAGGAGGACGAUUGUAGAGGACAAAAAAGGGAGCGUCCAAAUCGUCGGACUAGUGAUGGGGGUAAAUGGAAAGAUGAGAAAACUCCCAGAACGGUAAAAUUCACUCCUUUAGUUAUGCCUGUUGACAAGAUUUUGACACAGAUUAAGGAUGAACAUUAUCUCAAAUGGCCAAGGCCAUUACAUUCGUUGUUAAACAUGCGUGACAAAAAGAAGUACUGCCAGUUUCACAAGGAUCAUGGCCACUAUACAGAAGAUUGCCGGGACUUAAAGGAGCAAAUAGAGGAGUUGAUAUGA